AUGGAAGAGCAGAGCUGCAUCGAUUGUCUCAAUUUCCUGAGUUUAUCCAUUAACAUAUAAACAGUACUCAGUUAAGAUCUUACUUCAAGACAUAUCGAUCAAUCAGGAAGUUAAGGGAAGAACAGAGUUGCAUCGACUAUCUCAACUUUCUAAGUCUAUUUAUUGACACAUAAAGAAUAUGAUAUGCCGCAUACUGAUACAUGUACUCAGUUGAGAUCUUACUUCAAAACACACGCCUUUGAGCGGAAAGACACCCAAGAUGUUUGCCUGUCAUGGACUGCUAUAAGUAGUGCGAGUGCGACAGAAAUUUCCUUGAUCGAUCAUCAUAACAUCAGUCUAAAGGCCUUGGAACACUAUUACAUAUCACAUAUCGUUGAUCAGAAAUAACCGCAUAACUACGAUUCGCCCAAAUCAAUGGCUGAAUUACCAGAACAAAUACCCCCGAAUGAGAUGGGAUUUGACGUGCCCAAGCGCUGGUAAAUGGCCGUACCAACCCUAAUCAUUGUUCCUGCGGUUGGUACCAUUAUUACUCUAGUUAUUGUUCCCACGAAUACGAUAAGAUUAAGCACGUUUGCGGCGCCACAACUGGGGCAGCCGGAGAGCUAUUCUCUGCAGAAGCCCAGCGCCCCACUACAUCGUUCAGGGAGCGCAGAUCAACGUCAAGUGCCCAGCAUGUCAUUUGGGAUAGGUGAGAGGCCUGACUCCUUGUGUAGAUGCCUACUAAUUUAGCAAAGCCUCGCUAGGGAAGACGAAAGGGAGGGAUGAGGAGAGGAAAGGUGCGAAGUGGGGCGGAGAAUUGGAAGCAGGAGGGUGGAAAAGCGUUUGAUUGUCGGGGCUAAAUUGGGACAUUGGAGUGUGGUAUGGGACGUACUUCUGGUAUGGCAUUGAUUUCGUGAACUGGGUGAAAGAACUUGGGCUGGGAUCACGAAUGGUUGACUACGGCGCCCAUGAUGAGGAUCUGAAGGGGGGAAUAAGUUUCGGUCCUGGCAGCUUUACGAAAUCUGACUUUUCAAAAUCCAUAGCUUCACAUGUUGAAAUAUUCAAGGCUUUCAAACAUUUAAGGCUUCCAAGUGAACUUCUACUUCGCUAGUCCGGGCUUUUGAAAACACCGCACUUUAGAACCAAGCUUCUCGGGCAACCCCGAUAAAGCAGUCGUCAAAGCAGUUGCCAUACCACGGAGAAAUCUGAUUUGGUAUAAAGGCUGUCCAAGUGACAAUGAAUAC